AUGCAGGCAGAACGCAGCAACGAGGCUCAAAGCAAUCGAGAAUUUUUGGCUCGAGUGCAGCAUGAACGCGAAUCAUGGAUAAACGAGCGGCGUCUGCUGUUGGAUAAACUCGCGGCAGAGCAGGCUACAGCGGCAGCAGCGACGGCAGCAGCAGAACGAGCAGCGUCGGCUGUGACAGAGCAGGCGGCGGCAGCAACAGCAGCAGCAGCGACGGCCGGGACAGAGCAAGGGACGGGCGCAGCCUCAACUCCAACACAGGAUCAAUCGAAUUCUAUGGUCACAGCUGAAGCUACUCAUAGAAAUUCUAUUGGCAUCCUCACGGCGUACAACAAUCAGGAAAAUCGCCAUGAUGCCAACGGUUCUGGAUUUUCACCGGUCGCAGACAACCGGGCGAUGUAUUCGCAGCUUAAUCGAACACCAACAGGCAGCAUGUCUGACGCAGGAACAAUAUUAUCCGAUUUGCAGCAAGUCCUUAGGCGCGUACCACUGUCAGUCUCUAUGGAACAACUGCAGAAAUACAGUGCUGAUUCUCCAACCCAGUCAGUUCGGGCGUGGAUCGUUAGAGUCGACGAAGAUGCUACAAUUCAUGCUUGGUCUCCCGUAGAGAAGUUCAUAGCGGCAAAAAGAGCACUAAUAGGUACCGCUCGGAAAUGGCUCGAUGGUCAAAAAGGCAUAAUAUCAUGGGAAGAGUUGACAACACGUAUGAUAGAAUCCUUUGGAAAACGUGUCAAGUCUUCAGACAUACAUGAAGCUCUAAGCAAGCGGAAGAGAAGAAGAGAUGAGACUAUUUUGGCUUACGUUCAAGAGAUGGAACUACUAGCAUCUCAGGCUAACUUGGACGAAGACGAGAUAAGGCAAUACAUCGUCAAUGGUGUAACGGAUGACCAAUCUAUUAAAUUGACACUUAUUGCUCGGGAGUCGGAGGAGCAUAAUCAACGUCGGCACCACCAUAGACAAGGUACAAAGCGUUGUUAUAACUGCAACAAGUACGGGCACCUCCGAAAAGACUGUACCGAGGCAACUUUAGAAGCAACCCGACCAGGUCUAGGACAAUCAGGAGUCCAGGAACGACCUUCUAAUUUCAAGGAGGGCCUAAAGGCCAAUUCUCGAAACUUCGUCCAGUACAAAGGAAAAACACGAAACAAUUCUGCACCUAAAAUCAACCACGUGCAAUACAAAAGUGGUAAUCGCAGUCGGAUUACAGCAUACAUUGGAGGAAUUAUCGAGAAUUGCCAAGUCGACAGUGGCGCAGAUCGCAAUGUAAUGAGAGAAGAUUUUUACAAACGCAUCGAAGAUCGUUUCCCGUUGAACGGCGAACAAGGAACACUCAGCGGAGCUGGUGGCCUUAUUCGGACAUUGGGAAGUGUAAGGAUACCAACGGUGAUCAAUGGCACAGAGUACAUACUAAAAUAUACCGUAGUGCCAGAAGAAAAUUUACCAUCAAGAAUCCUCUCAGGUGAUCCUAUACUCGACGUUGCCAGGGUUUUUCUCAGUAAGGAAGGACCACAAAUAGAACCAAUCAUCGGCAACGACUUCGUACAACUUAUUGAGGAAGAGUUAAGCGAAGCUAAAGAUGGGGUCCGUCAAGCAAUUAUCAAGGUACCAGAGGCAAGGAGGGAGCAAAUUAGGCAGUUAUUAGAAAAUUAUUCUGCAAAUAUGCCUCCUCAAACCUCGGUUAAAAUGUCAAUUAGGCUAAAGAACACCCAGCCUAUUGCAUGUCGACCGAGGCGCCUAUCUCCAGUCGAUGAAGUCGAUGUCAAAAAACAACUUGAGGAAUGGACAAGAAAAGGCGUAGUAGUUCCUGGAAUUUCCGAAUAUGCGAGUGCUAUUGUCGUUGCUCGUCGAAAAGACGGACGCGCUAGGAUAUGCAUCGAUUAUAAGCCUCUCAACAAAGUCGUCGAACGUGAACAACAACCAAUGCGACUUAUAGAAGAUGCCGUAGACUCAGUUGCGAACUCCGUGGUGCACUCCACGCUGGACCUCCAAGAUGGCUUCUUUCAUGUAGAAGUAUCUGAGGAGAGUCAGAGGUACUUGUCCUUCGUCACUCCAUGGGGACAAUACAUCCCGAAAAGAGCUCCUUUCGGCUUCUGCAAUUCACCAGCUGCAUUCCAAAGGUUUAUACUGAAUGUUUUUCAAGAACUCAUCAAUGAAGGCAUAAUGGAAAUCUACGUGGAUGACGCCUUUGUGAAAGCUGAAGACGAGGAUCAAGCAGUGGAAAGAUUGGCACGUGUGUUAGAGGUAGCGCAAAAGAAUGGAAUUCAAUUCAAUUGGAAAAAAUCUCAGCUUCUACAGCGGAAAGUAGAGUUUCUCGGAUACAUAGUAGAGAAAGGAACGAUCACGCCAGGACCAGCUAAAAUGGAAGCCUUGCUAAACUAUCCUCAUCCAAGAACAACCAAACAGUUACAACGCCUGCUCGGGCUUACGGGAUAUUUUAGAAAAUUCGUUCGCAAAGCCUCUUAG